CACCAUGAUCGCAUAGCUGCAUCCUCAGCGCAGUCAGGCCAUGUAGCCACAACUUCAAUUCUCUAGCUCUAAUUUGUAAUAUCCUCAGACCGAUGCCUACAUUCCUUACGCCUAGUCCUCACCACCGCCGCCGCGAUGCGCAUUCCUCUCUUCCGCAUCUGGUACUCGACCACGUACACCACCCUUCUUAUAAUCCUGCUCCUGCUCCUCGCCGUUACGCCCGCCGAUACUAUAUACCAAUCGAUUAAAUCCAAAGAGCUCCAGAAACUGUUUGUCAUCGGAGGCGUCUACCUGUUGACCUGUCUGAUUGUCCUGUUGAUCUACUCGACGCGCAUCUACACAAAUAGGACUGUGCUUGCGGCGAUACCAAAGAGCUAUGUGCCGAUUGAAGAAGGAGAAGUGGGCAAGGGUGUGCGAUGGAUGAUUGUCAAGCACUUCAAGAGAAGCGCGGUCAUUGCAUGGGACAGCAGGCCGAGGGACGUUCGCGGCGAAGUCGACGUGGAUGAAGAGAAGGGUGAGGAAUCACGACCGAAUACUGCAGAGAGCAGGAGAGAGAAGCAUAAGGCGAACAAGAAGAAGGGCCAUCACCACCAUCACCAUGCGCCGGAUGCGACAAUCAUCCCCGUGUCUGCGAGCUCGCCGCCUUGGGGCAAUGUAUCGCAUCCGGGCUGGGCGUCGCCUUCGUCGCCUGAUCUCCCAAACCUCCAGUACUGGGGCGUCAUCUGCGAAUUACCGAACCUCAUCGAAGCGAAAGCCGUCUCCCUCGCGCCGCCAGACCCAGCCCUUGAAGAAAGCGCCCAACAAUAUCCCGACAAUGCGCCGCCUCUCCCAGACGCGCGCAUCGUCACCCUCCUCCAACGCCCGCGCGCAAUGGGUCUCCGCGAAUACCUUGCGCGCCUCGCAGAAUUUGGUCUACUAAACCCACCCGCCCUCGGCGCCACAUUCCUCGCGCAAUACGAAUACGCACGCUUCUCUACCGCAAGUCUAACCGAGACACAAUUCCGCGACACCAUGGCCACCUUCGCAGAAAUCCUAAGCGGCAUGACGGAAGUCGACGAGGGCGUCAUCGAAGAAGCACGCGCCCAAGACAUCGAAUCCGAUACCCGCAGUCUCGCACCCACAGAAUCAAGUUCCGAAACAAGCAGCUCCUCGCACUCCCAACUCCCCUACCGCACACCGCAACUUGAGCGCCAAGCUUCGCUAUCCUCUUUCAACAGCUCCGUCCUGUCCGUUGAUAGCAAUUCCACUCCGCAUUCGCCGCAAACCGUCCGCACCGCUCCGUCACGUCAACAACAGCGCAGUUCCACCGUCUAUGGUACACCGCGUACACCUUCGCAACGCUCGCAUGCGGAUUCGGGGUCGGAGACAGGCUCUGUCAUAGUCCGUGAAAGACCGCGCAGAAGUCCCAGUACCUUGCUACCCAAUUCGAGCGAGAGUUCGCUGGGCAGUGGAGGGAGUGUGAUUCGCUUGCAUCCUAACCCUAGUGAGGGGGAUCUGCCGUACGAAUAUACUAUUGAUGCUGGGUGAAGAGUAGGGGAUGCGUGCUUGGAAGCAUGAUGAUAUUAUACACAGACCUGGGAGAAUUGAGUCAGAUCUGCAACACAACGGGGAUCGAGUGCAGGGCCAGAGACGAGAAGACGCGCCCACGUGAAGAGGGAGAGGGAGAAGGCUAAGACCAGCGCCAGACGGACUUCUGGGUCAAGAUGAAGACAGAGCAGGAGUAGCAUUUUGUGUGAAAGCAGUGUUGGCAGUGAGGCUCCAAGAACAGACACAAAACUUACUGCAGACAUCAGUCCGAAUGAGCAAUGACGAAGAUAGAAGGAUAGUCGACGAUUUUUGUACAUAUCAUUCACAGUAAAUAACACUUUACCCUUCGUACCAUCAUGUAAUCAAACAUACAUU